CAAAAACGUACAUUCACAUUCUUCUGACUCAUACAUCUUGAGCUUGUGGGGUCAUGGCCCAUACUCUUCUAUUUUAGUUUCACACUUUCCCAACAUAUAUAUUCUCAAUAAUAUUACCUUCCAUCCAUUUAAAUUAGUUCACAUCACUUUUGUUUAAUUUAAUUUUUAAACUUCCCUUCUUCUUUCUUUCCUUUUUCACAAUUCACUUUCUUCAUUCUUCAUAGUGUACCAAAAACCUUUAUUAACAAACAUGAAUAGGAAUGGAUAUAGGGAUGAAAAACCAUGUUGCAAUUUCCACCCUAAACAAGUAGUUGUUGGUGUAUGCCCUUUAUGCUUGAAUGAAAGGCUUCUUCUAUUGGCAGCAAAACAAGGUCGGCGCCACCAUCAUAACCACCGUUCUUCUUCAUCUUCUUCCUCCAAAAAAGUUGCUAGUUCACAAAAGCUUCAAAGUUCCGUACACACAAAGCCACCCAAUUCUUCUUCUAUUCAUAAGAUCUUUGCUUUUGGUUCUCUCUUCACUCGUCUUGAAUCUCGUCACUGCAAAUCUCAUGGCAACUUUCACUAUGAUGAUAUCUCUCCUAGUCCAGAAGACUCAUUCAUAUCAAUCAAGUUUGAAGGAAAUGGGGUAGCCUCGUGGGAAAAGAGCACGGUCUCAAAGGUUUCCUCCUCCCUAGAGAAUUGCAAGAAGAACCAUGAGGACAAAUUAGAGACCAAGAGUGUGAUAGAGCAUGCAAAGUCACGUGACACAUUCAGGUGGAGAAAGAGGAUUGGUCACAUGUUCCAGCUCAUAAGGUGGAAGAAAACUGGAGGUGUAUGCCACGUAGGCAACAAGGUUGAAGGAGGAGCAGUGAAAGUCAGAAAAGGCUGGAUGAGGACUCUGACAAAGAGAAAGAAGAAGACCAUGGAAUAAAGUAUAGUAGACUUAAUGAAAGUGACACCAAUAUUAAUUUGGUUAUGGAAUUGAAGAUUCAAAGCUCAUUAUUACUAUUAUUUGUUUGUGUCUUUGGUCCUCAUCAUCACUUUGCAAUUUAGUGUGACUAAAGUUAUAUUAAUACUACUAUUCAUAUUGACAUAUGGUACAGUCAAAAAUAGCUUUGUUACUUUUUUUCAACAAAAAGAAAUAAAAAUAGCUUUAUUACUAUAUUAAAAAUGUGCUUUAGAUUACCAAAAAAUGGAAAAAGAAAAAGAAAAGGGAAAUGCUUUGCAGUUUGCAUGCUUUGAGUACUUUAGGGAAUGGAAUGGGGUUCUUUUUGUAAUUUUUCUUUUUAGGGUUUUUAUUUUCUUCUUCAUGUUUGCUUCAUAAUAAAAAAGACAGUACAGGCUGUAAUAGGGUUUGUCUAAAUUCUAAAAUACUUGAAUGAAAUGAAUAUUUGAGUAUUCUUUCCCAUA